AUGCCAUCUAAAUACAACCUUCGACAGAAGUUUAUUGAUCUGAUAUUUAGAUCGGACAGGCGUGAAGUCGAAGAAAUAUCCCAGAUUGCGCAAGACUUCCUUGACGGGAAUCUCACACACGACGAAUUCAGAGAGAAGUAUGGCAAGACAAAGGCGGCCAAAAAAAAGCUGCCGUCGCUGGCAGCUCAUGACCUUACAAUGCAGCAAGUCGGACAAAUUCUCAACCUCAAACCAGCCAGCAGGGACGACGAGCUCGCCAACGUCCCAUCAUGUCCGAUUCCGACGGAGCUCCAGAGUGUCAUGAAAAAGGUUGACGCCGCCCGCUCAGACAGUCCGAUGAACGAAGCAACCAGUCGUUGGACGCUCGACCUUCUACUCAUAUAUGCGCAUGACAUCGUGACAUGUGGCCAGCCCGACGCCGGCCAAGCGAUUGCCAUUCAGACAGAGCGCCACUGGGUGCUUCCUGUUAAGUUUGAGAAGCGGGACAUGAACCUAGUCGGAAAACCAGACUAUGCAGUCUGGUACGGCAAUCCCAACGACACCGCAGUGAACGUUGUCGUUGUGGAGGCAAAGGGGGAGGGUAAUGCUAGUAAGGGAAUGUCCCAAUGCCUUACCUAUAUGGGCAUGGUGCACCGACUUCGACGACAAGAAAAGAAACAAAACUGUACCGUGUACGGUAUGGCGGCGGACUCGCAAUGUUUUUUUUUCCUUAAGAUCAACGAAAGAUCAAAGUGGUCUGCUUUUUCGGUUAUCGCCGCCGACGGCAAGUAUGCCAAAGUUCUUGGCCUGCUUGUCUACCUUCUGCGGAAGGCAAGGGAGGCAUCUCCCACCCAUUCAAAGGAGUCCUCCGCCCAAACUCAUACGAAGGGGUCAUCCCGAGGCUCACUCUAUGCAAGUGAAGAUUGCAUAAUGGGCAAUAUGUGA